GCGAUUCGAAAUCAAGUUAUAUUGCCUGCGAUUCCUGAGAAUCAUAUUUCAUAACCAAUAAAACAAAAAUUAGUGUUAGUGUAUCUUGGAAACGUGUUUUGUAUAAAGUGUACGUAAAUCUUAAAUACUAUGGAAGAAAAAACGGAAAAUGUAGGUGAAGAACCAACAGAAAAGUCUGAAAGGAGAGAAGAACCUGUCAAUUAUUUAAGGAAUCUAAUUGACUGCUUAAGAAAUACGGGCCGCUUUUUCAAGAUCUAUUGGAAGAUUAUUUUUGCACUUCUAUGGGCACUUUUUCUUUUACCUUUUCCCUUGAUUUAUGAUUACUCGGAAGUUAGAUGUGCAUAUGUAGUAUUACUGAUGGGUGGUUAUUGGGUUACCGACUGCUUUCCUAUGGCAGUAACAUCACUCAUCCCGAUUGUCAUGUUCCCAGCUUUGGGUAUACUCAGUACGGCGGAUACAUGCGCCUGUUACAUGAACGAUACAAUAAUGGUAUUCAUCGGCGGUUUAAUCCUUGCUAUCGCUAUUGAGCACAGCAAUCUUCAUCUUAGGAUUGCUCUCGGAGUCAUGAAAACGGUUGGUUGCAGCCACGCAAAGUUGCUUGGUGGUUUAUGCGUGGUCACAACUUUUAUAUCGAUGUGGGUGUCAAACACCGCAGCCACCGCUAUGAUGGUGCCCAUAAUAUUUGCCGUUUUGCGGGAGUUGGAACAGGUAUUAAAUGACUUCUUCUGUUUAAUAUCUGAUAGUAGCAU